CGGUCGGGCACUGCGAGUACGCGCGCUCGAGAGGCGCUCCUCGAGCCGAGGAAACUAACUAAGCUAAGGGCCGCGCGCGACUCACGCGCUUCAGCAUGAAGGUGCUGGUGAACUUCGCGUGCGCGCUCGUCACCAGGUGCCUCUUCAUACUCGUGUCGCUGAUCGCGGUGUGGAGAGUGACCUCGGUGAAGCGCGACGCGCUCUACUGGUUCCUGACCGUCCUGUACGUGCCGCUCGUGCUCGAGAUGAUCCUCACGAUGAAGAGGAGGAAGGGCAGCGACUACAAGUGGUUUUCUCCAGCUAUCCUGUUGUUCCUGGUAAGCAUUGUUCCAUCCAUAUGGAUUCUGGAGCUGCACCAUCAGAGCAACAGGUCAGCGACUCCUGAGUGUCAAAAACUGGAUGUUUUGCUUCACACCUUGGCAAAUGACACCACUGGCAAGUUAAGGGACUCGCUCAGCACCCUGUCCGCUGUGUGCGCCAAUGACUGGAUACUGGCGCUGCAUCAAAUCCUGCUCAUCCUCCUCAUUGUGGGCAAGUGGCUGCUGCCCAUCGGGGUCGGUGUCACCCGGGACGAGCUCUCCCAGCUCCUGCUCAUCUUCGUUGGCACGGCUGCCGACAUUCUCGAGUUCACCAGCGAGACGCUCUCUGACGUCAAGGAGAACAAUCCCCAGCUGGUGUAUAUCAUUCUGGCCGUGUGGACGUGGAGCAUGCUGCAGUUCCCUCUCCACCUCUCAGUGUUGAGCUCAAAGCCCGAAAAUUCCCAGGAGACGGCAGGCAGCUCGUUCCUCAGGAGUCACCGGACGGACCUGUGGAACAUCGUGGAGAGUCUCUUCAUCCAGGACGGCCCCUUCCUGCUGGUGCGCCUCACAGUCAUGGGCCACUUCAGGGUCGUCCACCAGAUGCUGGUCUUUUUCACCAUCAAGAACUUCCUGGUGGUCGUACUCAAUGUCUACCGCUUGUUUGUCAUAAUCCAGGACUACACAUCAAGCAGAGCGGGCGAAUGAGAUUCCGACCGCGACAACGGCGCGCCGAACCACGGAAAACAUGGUUACAGUGACACGUGAAGAUCCAUCGGCGUGGAAACUUAAGAUCGAGAAAUACAUCAGCAGGGCCAAGUUACUGUUAAAAUGAGUGCAAUGUAACAUUCGUUUUACUCCGUACCUUGACAGUGCGGCGUUUUCGUCUAGUUCGCCCGACAUUUGCGGGAAACAUCGUCAAAGAGAUUUCAACGCAAUCGUUGGUUUAUUUUAGUUUCACGUCUCAUUCUUGUUAGUUGCGUUUUUCCUUUCUUACAUUUUUCUAUGCGAGUUCAGACUGUAGCAGCGUUUGCAGGUGUCUUCGAAGACACACGGCUUUCUCCUCUGCACCCGCAUCUAUUAGCGUGCGUCUCGACGUCUUGGCUGCGGCGCCUGGUUCCCUGUGAAGGACGCGUGACUGCGCUCAAGAGCUCCCACUGGCCAACAGCUGUCGACACACAAGGGCGGCACAGUGAGAUGCUCACAAGGGUCUCUUUCUGUCCGCAUGCAUGGUACAACCGGCGGGGGUUCGAUACUCGACUUGGCGCGGUGCGUUGACACACAGUGGUAAAAGAGCAUCUAUGGCUGCACUGACAGCUCUUUGCAGCAUCCAUCCAUCAACAGUAAUGCCUUGUCCAAUCCAGGGGCACAUGGGACAGUCAGUAGCAUAGUGGCUAGAUCUACUGCCUUUGGAUCCGAAGGUGACAGGUCCGAUCC